CCUUAGUGUAGCCGAUCGACAUCGACAUUGACACUGGCUCCUGUUCAUUCGGCGAGUUCACGAAACAAGGGAUAAUAAAAGUCUGGCCUUACAGUUAUUGGUAGGCAUGUCUAAAGAAACAAUGUACCCAUUAAUAGAAGACGAUGAAAGACAUACUUGUAUAGACAUUAAAAAUGGAAGAACUGCUAAAAACGGCUCAUCAAAAGAAGAUGUGAAAAUAUCCUCACGUUACGCUGAAUGCCGAACAAGAAGUCCUUUAAAAAAACUUGGAAUUGCUAUUCUUUACUACAUAACCAGCAUGCUGAUAGCUAGUUACGCUUCUGUCCUUGCUAACGAUUGGGUGCCGGAUAAAAAGAUUCACCCAUCUCUGCCAGACAUUGUGUUUAAUAAUACCUCUACACUGUCUCAUGGGAACAGGAUUUCUGAUUGGUUAUUGGUUUUUUCUGUAGUACUAACUUCAGCUGUAGUUCUCAGUCAUAAAGACAGGUUUAUAAUUCUUCGUCAUUUUUCUUGUAUAAUAUGCACUCUGUAUAUGAUGAGAAGUAUUGCAAUACUGGUAACUCCACUGCCGUUGACUGAGCCGAUCGUGGACUGUCUACCACCGACUGAUGGUUCAUUACCGGGUUUAGUCAAAGCAACUUUUAACCACUUUUCAAAAGUAGUAGACCCAAAUAAAAAACAAUUUCUUUGCGCUAUGGUUAGAGACUGCUAUGAAGGUUUCCUUCUUGGUGUGAUACAAGACGAUGUAUAUUACAUCCAACUAGAAGACGCAACUGUUCCCUAUCAGAUCAGAUGCGAAAUGGAUCCUGCAAGUGGGGGAGGGGGUGGUUGGACAGUCAUCCAGCGACGAUUCGAUGGUUCUGUGAACUUCUACGACACAUGGGAUGCCUACAAAAACGGAAUGGGCGAUCCGCUCACGGGGGAGUACUACUUCGGAAACGACAAGAUACAUGAAGUUACGUCACAGAAAACAUACCAGCUGCGCGUGGACAUGACAGAAUGGGACAGCACCGCGCAUACGGUCACUCAUGAUUCGUUUGCAGUUGGCAACGAAACAUCUAAGUACAUUCUGAGCGUUGGCAAUAAAAUCGAAGGCGAUCUCAACGAUGCCCUUAGUUUUCAUAGUGGGGCACAAUUCAGCACUACUGACCAGGACAAUGAUAACAACGUGGCGGACGACUGCGCCGACCUGUGUAAAGGUGGCUGGUGGUACAAAAAAGAUAUACCGCUUGACAUGCGUUGCUAUACCAGUCAUUUGAACUCGAACUAUGACCCCGGAGGUACCAUGUGUGCUUUUGAGAGGGGCAUCGUAUAUUACACUGAUUAUAGCGAUCCAAAUAACGUUCAAAAAAUAUGCUUAAAAACAGUCACCAUGAAAUUGCGGCCAUGA